AUGGCCCCCAAAGAAUCAUCCCGUGCGGGUAUCCAUCUCGGCGUAGACUUCCAAUACGACGAAGUCAACUUCGACCCUACCCCUCCUCCGCCAAAGGACGACCCCGAUCCUCCUCUGGGUAUCUUGGCCAGCUUCACCGGAGCCUGGACUGGAACUGGCUUCAACAACAUCUUUCGACCAAACUCUGUCGCCCCCACCACCACCACCUUCACCAAUCCUGUCCUCCCUGCCCCUCCCACUCCUCCCAAUGUCUCAGUUCUCGAGCUCAACCUCACACAAGAGGAUCUCGUAUUUUCUAACCCGUUGGGAAAAGUCCCUAAUCGUGGUCUUGAGCAGCAGAAUGACAUUAUCAUUAAUGGUGUCACGUAUCUUCAGACUGUGAAUGAUGUUACAAACACUGCUACAGGUAGAGGUGAUGGUGCCAAGACGGGUAUUCAUACUGAAACUGGCUUUUGGUUGAAUGUUCCUCAGACUAAUAAUAAUCCUGUGGAGGGGAAUACGCUUGUUAGGCUUGGAUCUAUUCCUCAUGGAACUACCGUCAACGCACAGGGGAAUCCUCCAGUCGUGACUGACGGACCACCAGACAUUGGCCCGCGACCAAUUAAUCCUUUUGUCAUUGGAAACCCGAAGGAUCUUCAGAUCAUGCCCAGUCAGACAGCUUCUCAGAAUAACACAGCGCGUCUGCCCCAGGAUCUCAGUCUCUUCAUUGAGCAAGGAUCCAUCAACCAGGACAUUCUCAACAAUCCAAUUCAAAUCCUUCUCGACAUCAACAGUCAGCUCGAUAUCACCAAGACCAACACUUUCACAGUCUCUACCCAGUUUGCUCCAACACCAGGCGGUGGAACAGCCAACAUCGCUUUCCUCGUCGGAGCGAGUAGCCAAGGUCCUAAUGCAAACGCCGUGCAGAUGGAGUCUACAUUCUGGGUCGAGAUUGUCGAGUCUGAGAUCACGGUUCAGGGCUACACUCCUGGAAAGCCUCUCCUUCUGCAGCCAGCUUAUAAGCCGAUUCAGGGUAAGACAACUCCGCCACUGCCAACAUUCUCUGUCACGCCUCCUGGUCCUGUUACCGGCCCCAAGACUAUCCCCGUGACUUAUACACAGAUUCAGUACUCUCAGACUGUGAACCUUAACUUUUGUGGGUUGACUUGGCCGCAUCUGUCGCUGGCUACGCUGGUUCCUUCUCAGCCUAUCGAGAUUGAUUAUCCGUCCUCUUAA